UAUUUUAUUGGGUUUUAGAUUCUUGUGAAGGGCAUAGCUAGCUAGGUAGCUUACAGUCUUACUCUAAGUGGGUGGUGGUGAGCGAGAGAGUAUAUAAAUAAAGGGGUCAGAGAGAAAAAGGAAGAGAGAGCUGAGCUGAUCAGAGAAGAAUUGUUGGGUGGUGAAGAAUUUUUGAAGAAAUGGGGAGAGGUAGGGUUGAAUUGAAGAGGAUUGAGAACAAGAUUAACAGGCAAGUGACCUUUGCAAAGAGAAGAAAUGGGCUUUUGAAGAAAGCCUAUGAGCUUUCUGUUCUUUGUGAUGCCGAGGUUGCUCUCAUCAUCUUCUCUAAUAGAGGAAAGCUGUACGAGUUUUGCAGUAGUUCAAGCAUGCUCAAAACACUUGAGAGGUACCAGAAAUGCAACUAUGGAGCUCCAGAAACAAAUGUAUCUGCCAGGGAGGCUCUGGAGCUAAGUAGUCAGCAAGAAUAUCUGAAGCUUAAAGCUCGCUACGAAGCCUUGCAACGAUCCCAGAGAAAUCUUCUGGGAGAAGAUCUUGGCCCUUUAAGCAGCAAGGAGCUUGAGUCACUUGAAAGGCAGCUUGAUAUGUCAUUGAAGCAGAUCAGAUCAACGCGAACCCAAUACAUGCUAGAUCAGCUCACUGACCUACAACGCAAGGAACAAAUGCUGAACGAAGCAAAUAAGACCCUGAAACAAAGGCUGGUGGAAGGAUAUCAAAUAAAUACUAUGCAGUUGAAUCCAAGUGCAGAAGAAGUGGAAGCCUUUGGCCGCCAAGCACCUCAACAUCAUGGUGAUGUCUUCUUUCAUCCACUGGAGUGUGAACCCACUUUACAAAUUGGAUACCAGCCUGAUCCAAUAACAGUAGUGACUGCUGGCCCAAGUGUGAAUAAUUACAUGCCAGGAUGGUUACCCUGAUAAUUAGAAGACUACUUAGUACUCUUCAUCAGACAUUGGUAUGCAUUUCUUUCUAUAAGAAUCAGCAAAAUUUUAUGUUUUGUAUGGUAUUUUGAUGAAACAAUCAGUUGUAAUUUGGAUCUGCAUUGAUGUUUUUAGUUCUGUACCUUAGAAACAUCGAAAGUAAUUCUGUAAUGUGUGUAUGUAAUGUGUCCAACUACUGCACUGCUUCAGCAGUUGCAGGCUCUGUUUGACAAUAAUUAUCAACUUUCAUAAU